ACAGAGGCGCGAGGAGUUGCUAAGGUUGAGGAAUACACACUGCCAGCAUACUUUGACCGACGAGAGAGCCCUCUUUCUGAUAUCAAGUUUGUGCAGCAGUUGAGUCCUGAGCAGACGUCUCUAAAGGAAAAAGAGAAGGGAUCCUGGGCUGCGCUGUCCAAAGAGGAGAAGAUUGUAUUAUAUCGUAUCAGUUUCAAGGAGAGCUUUGCUGAAAUGGACAAGGGAACAGGAGAGUGGAAAUCUGUAGUUGCAGGGAUUUUCUUUUUCAUAGGCUUCACUGGUCUAGUUGUCUUGUGGCAGAGGAAGUAUGUUUAUGGAGAUGUUCCCCAUACCUUUGACCCCGAAUACAAGCAGAAGGAGGUUCAGAGAAUGCUGGAUAUGAGGAUCAACCCCGUUGAGGGCUUUUCAGCCAAAUGGGACUAUGAAAACUAUGCUUGGAAUAAAUAA